CCCCAUAUAACUGCCCCCUUUUUUUCUCCCACUUUUUUAAUUUUUUUAAAAAACCUAUUAAUUUUUUAAACCCUAGAAACCAUUGGCAACAUCCCUUAAAUCAACCCUAAACUAGUACCAGUGAUUUUCAAUGUAUAAGUUAACCCUAAGCGAUUAACAGUAUAUAUUUUUCCUUUUUAAAAAAAAAAACUAAAAAACUGUAGAAUUACUGCAGAGAACAAUGGAGAUUCUUCUUCUUUACUCACAGUCAUCUGGUUCUUUUGCUUGGUUUUGCGCUUCUUCAAACCCUAGAAUCAGGUGCUAUUUUUGAGACAAGCUCUGUCUAAGUAUUUAUUUUCUGACCUGCCAUUGUUUUUGAAGUGGCAUAGAAGUUGGUAUUUCUCUUCACUUUGCUCAGUUACUUUUGGGAGGUAAGUUAUACAUUAUGCCAACAGCAACUCCCAAGUCUAUUUUGAACCUAAAAUAUGGGAGUCAAGUGCAAUACAAGACUGAAGAAGUUGUUGAAAGUUGUGGCAAUGGGUGCCCCGGGCUUGUUAUGCCUCAGCAAAGCAAAUGUGGAUUUCGCUGCUGUUUGGAGCUCCCAGAGUUCACAGUUACUUCAGAUGUGUUCACUAGAAAGAAGGAUGCAGAGCAGGCUGCUGCAAAGCUGGCUCUUGAAAAGCUGGGUAUCCAGUCCUCGACCUCCUCGUCAAAUCAGCUCACUAUGAAGGAAAAGUGGGAAGAAUUAGCUGUUCGUGUAUCUUUAUUAUUUACUGAUGGGUUCCUCUUAUCACCUAAUCCACUGGUCAAUCACUUUGGACAAGCUAUUCAAAGAGAGGGUUGCCGUAACGGAUUCAUUCCUGCUUCUGUCCUCCCUACUUGCGAUUCAAAGAUGAUUAAUUUAUGCAAAUCCAUAAAUCCCAGGGCAGUGUCAGACCCUUUCUUGACAGUAGCACUUAUCAUGAAGGCUGCCAAGCUCUCGGACUCCAUAUGUGCUUCUGAUAGGGAACUUUGGAUAUGGAGACAAAACCCAUAUUCUUCAGAGGUUAAAGAGAGGUUGGCAAAUAAGCAUUUGGAGCACAUUGAGAGCUGUCAGCUUGAAGCUGUUCAUAUCCCCUGCUCAUUGGACCAGCCAGUUGAGCCCUUCUUGCUUCAAAUUCAUCAAAAUGAAUACUAUAUGGAUGUAAUUGCACAAAAGUUGAAUGUUGAGGAUGCCACCCGUGUUUUGAUAUCUAGACCUGUUGGCAAGGCAUCUUCUGAGAUAAGAGUGUAUUUCACAGCUCCUGAUAUUCCAAUUUUCUUGGGAGAUCCAUCGCUUGAGGUGACACCAACAAUUAAAGACGGGCUAGAGAUGACACUCAAUGCAAGGGCCUCUUAUUUUUCAAGCCAAGUGGUAUAUGGAGAUGCAGUGGUGGUAUCCACUGGGUACACGUGGAGGUCCACAGGACUUUUCCAUGAGAACUUCUUACUUUGUUCCUAUUACAGGAUGCUUCUCAGUAAGCUACCUGAUGGAAGUUACAAGUUAUCAAGAGAUUCGAUAAUUCUAUCUGAGUUACCGGCCUCAUAUACAACACGCUCAAACUGGAGAGGAACUUCCCCGAGGGAUCUCCUCACCACAUUUUGCCACCAGCAUAGACUUUCAGAUCCUAUAAUCAACACUACAAACUUAGAUGGGUGUGUGGGUGAUGCAAAUAGUGAGGAGCCCUGUGAAGAAUCACUUGGAAAAGUGCUUUACAAGUGUGCAAUAAAAAUAUUGUCAAAAGAGGAGGAUAUACUAAUCGAAUGCUUUCCUGAUGUGUCUUAUCGGAGACAGCAUGAUGCUAUUCAAAAUGCUGCCUUAAAGGUGCUCACAUGGUUGAAUUGGUGUUUAAAGAACUUAGAUCUUCCUAUAGAGAAGAUGGUCUCUUUACUAGAUGCUCGUGAUAUUAGGGUUUCACUUCAAAGUAUCACGAAGGAAUUUGCAUUAUGUGGUUUGAUUUAUGGUGGCAAUUGUACUCUUAAGAAACUCAAAUCUCUAAGACCUUUUUCCAUUGAGGGUAGGUUAGGUACAAAAUUGGUUGAUGAAAUUGUUCUUCUCGGCAUCGAAGGUGCUGAUUCUGGUGCUUCUCCAACAGUAGGAUCUUUAGUUUGCAUAAGUUAUAGUGUGAUUUUGGUGGGUGAGCAUUUGGAGGAACCAUUUGAAAUUGAAAGAAAGGAUGAGUUUGAGUUAGAGAUAGGCGUUGGUGCUAUUGAGCAUCAGCUGGAAACCUCUUUAACUCAGAUGUCAGUCAAUCAAACUGCCCAACUUCGUGGGAACUUGCCUUCUAUGGAUUUAAUUUUGGCUGCCGCUGGUGAUGCUGCAGAAACUCUUCCUCGGAUGUUAUCUGGAACAUGUUCCGCAGAGUACACAUUAAGGCUGUUGCAAGUUAGUGAACCAUAUGAAGAUAGAAUAGAGCAGGCUUUCUUCACCCCCUCCCUUUCAAAACAGCGAAUGGAGUUUGCGUUGCAUCACAUUAAGGAGCUGGAUGCUACUACUUUGGUUGAUUUUGGAUGUGGUUCGGGUGGCUUGUUUGAUGGUUUAUUUGACCACACAACUGUCUUGGAAAAAGUUGUUGGUGUGGACCUCUCACGGAGGGGCCUUACUCGUGCAGCUAAGCAGGUAAUUGAGCACAUGGAGGAGGAUCAAGCACAAGUCUUUGGAGAUCUAUGCUUGGGUUCUUUUUGUCCACAGACGCUCAUCGUCUCUACUCCCAACCAUGAAUACAACCCAAUUCUCCAAAGAGCGGCAACCCCCGACUUAAAGUCCCCUGAGUGCCCAAAAGGCCUUUCAGAGAGAGACAACGUGACCCUUCCCUGCAUGUCCUCUGAGUGCCCCAAAGAACUUGAAGAGGGAGAAACCUUCACUCUAUCCUGUAAAUUCCGGAAUUUCGACCAUAAAUUUGAGUGGACCAGAAAGCAGUUUAGUGAAUGGGCGACAAAGCUUGCGUUGAGACAUGGAUACUCUGUGGAGUUUAGUGGAGUUGGAGGGUCAGCUGACAUUGAGCCUGGUUUUGCCUCUCAGAUUGCGGUUUUCAAGAGAGAGAAAUCUGAUAUUUCACAAAACGGGGCUAGAAGCAAUCGAUCUGAACCGUACAAUGUAUUAUGGGAAUGGAAGGCAGACUGAGGGGUUUGAAAGUUUUUUUAUCCUGUGAGAAUAUGCAUAGUUGUUACCUCUCCCCCUCUAUAGGUGAUCUUAAAUUAUAUAUUGUUACGUCUUUGUGUUUAUAGUUGUAACUUAUCUUAUGAUAAAUAAUGAUAAAUUUUGUGUACA